GGACCCCCUGUCUAUUGUCACCGUGCGGCGACUACUUUUUUUUUGCUAACUUGAACAAGGCUCCAAGGCCUAAUUAUAUAAGGACAGGUCCCAUGGUUAAUCUUGUUAGAUCUGUCACCUCUUAGCGUUCUUGAUUGCAAUGUCCAGCAUUACCUUGCCCUACGUGCCGCACUACAUUGCCGCACCUCCUACGAAGGAAAAUUUGGAGUAUGCCGACCUUGCGACCAUCGACAUUUCGAAAGCCAGCUCCGAAGAGGGUUUCGCCGCGCUCGCAAUUGAAUUAAGGGAGGCUCUCCUGAACUUCGGGUUCUUCUAUGUCGUGAACCAUGGAUAUUCACAAACUCAAACAGCUCGCAUGUUUGACAUUGCAGACGUGCCCUUCUCGGCUGUCACUGAUGGCGAGAAGCAACUUUAUGCUUCGACAAGAAAGCAAAAUGGAAUGCUCCAAGGAUAUACAUCAGUGCAGUAUGCGGAUGUCGAUGGUCGAGUACGCGACCAGCUUGAACAAUACUGCAUCAAUCGCGAUGUGACCAAGCGAAAGCACCCAGAAGCCCUCGUCCCUCUCCUCCCUGAGAUACAGGAGUUUAGCAAACACAACUAUUUCAACGUGUUGAAUCCUAUCCUGAGGCUUAUUGCCCGCAGCCUUGAGCUACCAGAAGAUACACUGUUGAACAAACAUGUCUUUGACGCCGUCGGCGAGACAGCUGUUAGGUUCAUCAACUACACACGAACAGAGGAAGAAGAAGCCAAAACAAAGAACGUUUGGCUGAAGGGUCACACGGAUUUCGGAAGCAUUACGAUUUUAUGGAGUCAGCCUGUCGCCGCACUGCAAAUUCAGACCCGUGAAGGCAAAUGGCGUUGGAUCCGUCACAUGGAAAAUGCACUCGUGGUUAACGUAGGCGAUGCAAUGGAUUUCCUUACUGGCGGGUACUACAAAGGUACGAUCCAUCGCGUUGUCCAGCCUGUGGUGGACCAGCGGGACUACACUCGUCUCGGGGUAUUCUACUUUGCCAUGCCUAACGACGAUAUUAAAUUGGUGCCGAUGGUUGAAAGCCCGGUCUUGCAGAGAGUGGGAAUUCAGAGACGUUGCGAAGAUAGUGAGGCACCGAUGAUGGAAGAUUGGAGGAAAGCGAGGACGAUGGCUUAUGGCCAGUCGAAACUGAAGAAUGGAAAAGAGGAUGGCGUAGAAGAAGAGGUCAUCCACGGGGUGAUCAUUAAGCAUUACAACUAAAGCUACAGUUUGUAUGAUGAUAUGUUCUGUCUCAUCCUGGGCGAUGAAGGUCACCCCAAAAUAUGGAUGUACAGGUUAACAAAUGCAAGACAGGUCUAGUGCAGGAGACCAUUAACGCGAGAAUCCCAUCCA